UACUCUUUUCUCCAUGCCUUAUUCAGCCGGGCCUUAUCAACAAAUGCAACAGGGUCCGUGUCUGAACUUGCAUCAGUCUCCUAUGAGUGGAAACAACACUGAUAGGGAAGGUUUAUCACCUCCAUUAGGGGGAGGAAUGAUCUUGCAGGAGACAUAGGGGAUCCAUUACAAAAGCAAUUCGAAUUCCCUAUGAACAGGAGUGAUGAUGAGGAUGAGUAUGGUGUAUAUCAGUUAGACUCCGAGAUGAGACAUUAUCCUCAGGUGAAUAUCUACUAUGGACAGGCUGAGUUCGAAGGAAUAAGCAACACUGAUGGCUCGCAGAAAGUGCAUCCUGAUGCAGAUAACGGUAAUGCAAAUCUCACUUCAGAGAACGGAUUCGACACACAGGGUUUAGAAAGAAACACAGCAGUUGGGAAGAGUGAGGAUGAACCUUAUAUAUAUGAAAAUGAAGCACCUUCCUCACUAUAUGUUUCAGAAGAUGUUGAUGCUGAACCUGUUGAUUUUGAAAAUAAUGGACUUCUCUGGCUCCCUCCUGUACCAGAAGAUGCAGAAGACGAGCGAGAAACUUUUUUUGUUGAUGAAGAUGAUGAAGAUAAUGGCGGGAAUGGGAAUGCCAUUGGUGAGUGGGGAUAUCUGCGCAAUUCAAACAGUUUUGGAAGUGGAGAGCAUCGCCACAAGGAUAGGACAAGUGAGGAGCAGAAGAAGGUCAUGAAGAAUGCAGUAGAUGGGCAUUUUAGGGCAUUAGUGGCUCAGCUGUUACAGGUCGAAAACCUACCUAUUGAAGACAAUGGUGAAAAUGUUUGGAUGGAAAUAAUCACAUCUCUCUCGUGGGAAGCUGCUACUUUAUUGAAGCCAGAUACUAGCAAAAGUGGAGGGAUGUGAAAGUCAAGUGCAUUGCUUGUGGCAGCCGCAUUGAAAGGGUUGUUAAAGGAGUUGUUUGUAAGAAGAAUGUGGCUCAUCGUCGCAUGACAUCAAAAGUUGAUAAACCUUGCUUGUUGAUCCUUGGAGGGGCUCUUGAGUACAGGCACUCAAAAUGUGCCUUCAAUUGAUCAUCUUUCAUCACCAAAGUUGGGUUACUGUGAAGCUUUUCAUGUUGAAAAUCUGAGCAGUGCUGCUGCUCAAGAUUUUACUUAAAGGUGCUGAUGAGGAAGAAUUGAAGGAGGUAAAGCAUGUGGUUCAGUAUGCAGUUUUUGCAGCUUACCAUCUGGCUUUGGAGACAUCUUUUCUUGCUGAUGAAGGAAUCUCUUCC